AUGGCGAUGGGUGUUCAACACCCUAUGGAUACAAGCCAUCACGUGGAAUCCCCAACAAGCUAUGCCCUCUCUUUUGUGUUGAAGCACUCUGACGAGAUGGUCAAGCUAGAAAGGAAGAAGAACCUGUUGCAGGCGCGGCUGAUGGCCAAGCGACUUGUGAGUGAAGAGCAAUUUUUGCAUUCGGCGUUGGACCCUCCGCUACAGCGAGUGUUGGGCGGGAAGCGCCUGCUGCUGUGGAAAGAGCUCUUGAUCAAAUACGGGUAUGAUGACCUUGCAGUUUAUGAUUUCAUGGCAAAGGGUGUUCCUUUGGUUGGGCAGCACGAUGUUCCCUCUUGUUACCCCAUCCAGCACAGGGUUGCAACCCUGACGGGCGAUGACCUUGAUCGGUCGGCCAUCUGGAGGCGGAAGGCUAUCUUGGGGAAGUUGCGUGGUGAGCCCAACUUGGAACACGUUGCGCAUCUUGAAGAAGCUUGUCGGGAAGAAGUUGAUGCUGGUUUUCUGGAAGGUCCUUUCCUGAGCGAGGUAGCAGUUUCAGAACGUCUCGGCAGAACUGACUGGUCUUUAAUCCACCGUUUUGUGCUGGUUCAAGGAGCCGAAAUGAAAUUGCGGCCUAUUGAUGACUGCAUGGAAUCGCAGAUGAACGCGGCCUACACUUCAACCUCAUACUUGAAACUGCAGGAUGUCGACUAUGUGACGGGUCUUGCGCUUCAGGUGGCAGAAGCGUCCUCAGCAGGGAAACAGCGCCACGGAUCCGGAACGUGGAUGGGCAAGUGUUUGGACUUAUCCAAAGCCUAUAAGCAGCUUGGCAUCUUACCCGCGCACCGGCACUAUGGUGUGAUCUUUUUCCAUGACGCUGCAGGGAAUCCGAAGUUUUACAUUUCGAAUUCCCUCAUGUUCGGGGCUACAGCUGCGGUCUAUGCGUUCAAUCGAGUCAGUCGCAGUAUCUGGUUCCUCAUGAACAAAAUGCUGGUUAUACCUUGCGGCGUUUUCUAUGAUGACUUUCCGCUCCUGUCACCCUGCGAGACCGCUUCCAAUGCCGAUGAGUCGGCGAGCGAGCUACUGGACCUGCUUGGAUGGCGCCAUGCCAGAACUGGACCAAAAGGUUUGCCUUUUGCUUCCUCUUUCAACGUGCUUGGUGCCAAGCUGGACCUAUCUCGUGUGCAGGAGGGCGUGGUGACUCUGGGCAACAAGGAGGGCCGAAUAGCCCGCUUGGUGGAGCGGAUGGGCCUCGCAAAAACUAAUGGGAAGAUGAGUGUUCAUGAGGCUCAAGUCCUUCACGGGUUGAUGAGAUACUCGGUUGGCUUCUUUGCCGGCCGUCACCUGCAUCAAGUCUGCGCAGAGCUCCUCCAGAUGGGGGGCUCCAAUGAUGCCGAACAGGUUGCGUCUUUGGUGGAUUAUGCGGUGUCCAUCCUUUCCAUUUCCAAACCUCGUGAGAUUUCCAUCGGACGUGAAAAGCGUCCCCUUGUGAUAUUCACGGAUGGAGCAUGGGAUAAUGGUGUCGGAGGCCUCGGGGUUGUCGUCGUUGAUACUGCCACCGAUGAGCGUCUGGUUUUAAGUGGCAGUGUGCCUCAAAAGCUGAUCAAUUACUGGAAGGUGAAGGUUGGUGAGCAGCUGAUUUGUCAGAUAGAACUAUUUGCAGUCUUGUGGGCGCGCUGGAGGUUCAGGGACCUUAUUCGGGACCGUCGUACCAUCUUCUGGAUUGACAACGAAUCGGCCAGAUUCAGCCUGAUAAAAGGCGUUAGCCCUAGCUUGACCAUGCAAUGCUUAGUGCGUGAGUUCUAUCUUAUGGAUGUGGAACAUCCCGCUUUCAGCUGGUUUGAGCGCGUGCCAAGCUCAUCAAACGUGGCAGAUGCCCCGUCCAGACGUGAUCCCGAAGCAGCUUGUAGUUUGCUAGGAAUUUCAAACUGGGAGGAAAUUGCGGUACCGGAGGAGUUGACGCAGGCACUUUUUGCGAAGCGGCUGGUGAUGUAA